GCCUGCCUGCCUGGUGGGGUGGCAGGACCUGUGGAGGUGGCCCAGAGAUGCUCCCUUUGCUCCCCGCCAAGUUCUCAUCCUCUGCCCACUCUAACCAGAGGCCUUUCACCUGCCCUCGGGGUUGAAGUACCUUGCAAAAGUUUUACACAGGUGGUUUGCCCACUUUUCCUUCUUUAGGAUGCCAGUAUUUGACUGUAAGUAUUCCCUGGCACUUUCCUAUGGGGCUGAGGCAUCUGCACCAUCACCAGCAAGCCCUGUCCCUUACUCCCAGCUGUUGUAGCCAUGUGCCAGCUAUGGAGCUCCUGUCCCAAGGUGUUUGCACACAGGCUGCGUUGUGCAGUGGGUGCCAGCACAGCCGAGGAUGGAGACCUGUGCAGGAACGCAGGCAGGUAUUAGGCAGCUCCCUAGGACUGAGAAGAUUUUCUGUGAAAUCCAACUGCUUCCAAAAAUGCUUGUUAUUCUGUAAGUGAUAGCAACAUCCACAUAGGGCUGUGAAGGGAAUGGGUACAGGCCUAGCACUUAAAUCCCACAGACCAAGACAAACGGAGCUGCUCUGUCCUUCGCAGUUCAGGGAAAGCCAUGUCCCCUGCAUCCUGUAAAGAGACAGCUUCAAGUGAAGGAUUCAUUUCAAAAGAGGAAUAGUAAGAGGCUCCCCACUUGUGGCUGGGAUAAUGCAGCUGGGUUGAUACACUGCGGAGGAGAGCACCGACUCCCUGCAGCAGGCUCGGGCAGCAAAGCACCGCAGUUAAGCCAUCUUAUCCUCCAGGAAGGAUGGCCUGGCUGCUCUGAGAAGCACCUCUCUGGAAGGCACAGCCUGGGUAUCUUUAAGUCCUUGAUUUUGCUUGAAUGAACCUUUUUAUUGAGCACACCAGGACGCUGCUGACAAGGGGACAAACCUGGAGCAGAGAAGCUGAACUCCUGAGCAAGUGGCAGGGCAGGGGCUGGCAGGGCAGAGCUGUGAUAAGCACGCUGGGCAUGGCACGUGCAUGCAGGUCGCAGGCUUAGGUCACUCCUGCACAUGCUGCUGAUGGCAGUUUACACAAUGCUUGUGUGGCAGACACAGUGAUGUCCCACAUGUACUGCUCCACUGCACCUCUUCUCCUCACCUGCCCAGGGUCUCAUGGCCAUCUCUCACUUGAAGUCUGCUGAGCAGAAAUGUUCCCCAGGAGAGCUCAAGAGUUUUCCAGGCUUAAAGCUUCUGUGUCCUGCCAGCCCAUUAACUUGUGUUUCUGUGUUUGCUGCUGAGCAGGUCCUGGAGCUGGCUUCGGCUGGCCUGUGGGCUGGAUUCUGCUCCCUGCCAGUAAAAAUCACAGGUUUUUGCAUGCAAGUUCAGGCCAUUCUUGAUCUAUGCAGAGGAGAUCAAUAUCCACCACCUCACCCCCCACCCCUGCAGCCCUCAUUUCUACCCUGUGACCUGCAUCUCCUGCCCUUACUUUCCAUCCUUUAUCCUCUGCCAUCAGUUUAAUUCUGGCUUCUCUGGGCCUUCAUCAUCCUGGAGGCAGGACUUGUGCUCUGUAUUUGGGUGAGCCCUUCUAGCUGGUCAAGGUUUAAGUAGCCCAGCAGCUUUCCUUAGGUGGGAGGUUACUUCAAAAAGAAAACUGGAGCACUCCUCAGUACUGUCUCUUUGUUUCUGUGGAAAGGACAGCCCCAUCUCCUAUCAGUGCUCAGAAGGCUGCUAGAUGAGUGUGAGACAAAGACACUGCAUCUCGUCUCACCAUGUCUUUUGGGACUGCAUGUAAAUCACAGCAAAUAUUCCUAUGGAAAGAUCCCUCAUCAGCAACCAGAUGUAUUUUUAAUACACGAUACCAACCAAUUAAUGAGGUUAACCCCACUGCUUUAUGCCCUUUCUUUAUUGCACGCUUCACCUUUCCUUAAACUCUGCCUUCCUAAUGGCAUUUAGGAAUGGCCCCGUGCCCCAUCCGUCACUGUGUGGCCAGGCAGCCCUGUGCUCCAAGUGUUCAGACAGACCCUGAGGUGACAGUUAUGACAGCUUGAUCGAUGCUGUGGAUCCAUGCAGCCCCUGGGACUGCCACAGCAUCCCUACCCUGGCCCUCCAGUACCUUUCUGGCUCUUUGGGAUUUUGUUCCUGUGCGCAGGGUGCACCAGAGAGGAGCUCUGCACCACUGCCCCAUGUCCCUGCCUCCAGUUCCCCACAGUCCCGCAGAGAGCAGAGAAGAGCUGCUGGAGAGGGCAGUGCUGCAUGGGCAGGUUGGCAUCAGGCACGGUGGGCUUGCACCGCAGGACACCGUGAGGACGGAGUCUUGCAGCUGCCUGCAGCCCUGUGCAGUGGUAAAGGAAAUGGUGGCCCUGUGGGUGGCUAUGGCAUGGGGGAUGCUGUGGUGGGGAGCAGGGGGCUCAGCUCAAUCUGCACCCCAGAAUGGGGUCCUGGGCUGCUCCCAGCACCCGGGGACCGCUUUGUGGGGAGAACACCCAUCUCCUCCCUUGGAGGGCUGCUGUCUGCCCUGCAUCUGGGCUGCCCACGCCCGGAGAUCAAAGGGAGUGGGUUAUAUCCAGGAGGAAGGUGGCAGCAGGCUGUCCUGGCUGAUCAUCAGUCCCCAGGCCACCAGUGCCCAGUCUUUCUCCACUACUGUCCCUGCACCUGGGCAGAGCCGGGGCUGCCUCAGGGCACCCAGCAGCAGUAGAGGGUAUUUGCAGCAGAGGUAUUUGUGCACCUAUUUAGUGUUUUGCAGCUGUAUCUCAAAAGUGUGUGGUGAAAAAAAAAAAGCGGGUGCCCAGCACCCUCCAUGGGAAGUACAGUGGGUGCUGGUGGUGUGUCCCCAGCACUGCAGGAGGCUGCCCAGGGCAUGGCUCCCCACUCAGGCCCUGGUACGCUCCUCAGGCAACCGUGGCAGAUGUGCCCAGCUCUGCCUGCAGCCAUACUUGCUUCAUUGCCAGCGUGGCCGAUGGUGAGGGCCAGUUUUGGCUUUUCACAAGGCAGCUGGAUGAUGGGAGCCUCUUCACCUGCCAACAUCAGUACGACCCUCCUGCUAAACCUGCCCUUGCUGGGUGGCUGCUGGGAUUAACUGAAUAUUUCCCCUUAAGGAGCACUGUCAGCGCUGUUAAGCAGGACAAAAAAAAUAUGAGAUGUCAUGCCUGUAUUGAUUUGUUUACUGCACGCUGAAUGCUAAGUCAGGCAGUUUUGGGGCUGAUUCUGUUGGAAGAUGCAAGAUAAUUACAUGUUUAAAAUCCUUUCAGGGGAGCUUGGCACGAAGCAGCUGUCACGGCGGGUAGGGAAGGCAGCCACAGCAAGCCCGGCUUCCCUGGCUGAUGGGCGCAGACAGGCGCUGAUACAGCACAAGGACAAGGUGCUGACAGUUGCUCUUGCGGCAGGGCUCCGGGGGUCUCGGGCAGGACCUCAGCACGCUGGCCCCACAGUGCUUCCUGCAGAGGCAGGAAGGGUGACAGCCAAGGCCAGGCAGGGAUGAUUCCAUGACAAACCAUCCUCCUGCCCUCUGGCUUUUUUUUUUUUUUUUUUUUUUUCUUUUUAAGGUUCGUCAGAUAAUGGAUGCAAUUGUUAGUUGAAUGUUAGAUUCAAAGUUAUGAGCGGCAGGUACUUUCAGAUGAAGAUUAUUUGCAUGUAAUAACACAAAGAUCCAUCUGUAGACUGGCUCUCCUGGAGAAUAAUGACAUCUUUUGCUGUGCAGGGAGCCAGGACAAAGCCCACUCCCUGUUUGUAAUCCCCUGGAAGCCACUACAUAGCACUUGAGCAGGGUGUAAGCAGAGCAGGGCUGUGUGCAAGGCCUCUCCCUGCAGUGGAGGACGUUAUCCCAGAUGCAUUAUUCAACAAAAGGUGUCAGUCCAGCUUUUUGCACUAGCUGAAAGCAAAAUCACAGCCAUUUGAAGCAGGCUCUUUGGAAACUAAAAUUAUCUUCACAUCAUAUUUCUUCUCCAGUAAUGCCAGCAUUAAAUAUUCUUGAAUUCUGAGUCAGACAUCAGGAAAAAGAGUAAAAAUGUAAUUGGCUCAAAUAUGGUAAAAUUUAGAAAAGGAUCACAGUGUCAGGCUGGUUUUCUCCUUUGUGCUGUCUCUAAGCCUCUAAGACAGUCUGGUGCUGUGGUUUUGUGUGUGGGUUUGCAAGGAGCUAUAUAAAUUUCCUGUUCCUUUAUGUUUUAAAAGGCCAGUGCUUACCUGCUUCGGCACCUACAGUCAUCAUCAGGCUGGCAGAGCACUCGCUAACACAGCUGCACAAUCAGGCCAGGGGCAUGCGUGUGAGCCCCUUCGUUCCCCAUUUCUUAAUGUAUUUCCUCUAAUGACCUGUAAGAGCUGCAAGCCCUUAGCAUUAUAACUAGCAGCUGAAUGUAAAAUGAUGAGAAAAAAACCUGCCCCGUCCCUGAUGCUGGCGCUGGCGAGAGAAGCACCUGCCAUUUGUGCAGGGUGGGAUUUUCCCCUCCUGGGGCUUUUGCCCAUGCUGGGAAGCAGCCGGUGGUCCUCUCGCUCCUCUGGGUGCUGGAGCAGCAGGUGCCAUUGUUGCUGGCUGUGGUGGGGAUGGGGAUGUGGCAGAGAGGUGCUCCCUUCCCCAGCGCUGCCUCCUGCCUCCCCCCUGCCCACAGCCAGGACCAUUUCAACCACCCUGCCCUCAGUUGGCCAGGGAAGCUGGCUCCUCACACUCAGCAUCUUUGCACGGAAACAUCUGACCAUCUGCCUGGUCCCCCGUGCGGCUCCCACCUCGUACGGGAGCUCCCCAAACUUCUGCCCUCACCCACACAGCAAACCAGCCCCUGACAGCCCCGACGGACGAUACAACGCACAUCCACAGCCACGGAGCUGGUUUGCUGAAUGUACCACCAGCUUUGGAAGCUCGCAUAGGGCCAUGUCUCAACCCAUGUAUGCUGCAAUAGCAAAGCAGCCUCCAAAUAUGUGCCCAAUCAUUCAUCGCCUGCCGCUGUGCCUAGCGCGUUGCCUCC